AUGCCAUCACAACAAGCAAUAAUCAUUAAUGCUAUUACGGGGAAAGAGGUGACGACGAACCUUCGAUGUUAUUCGGCUGUUGAAGAUUUCCAAGGGUUCGUUUGUCAACGGCUAUCGAUUCCUCAUAAUCAAUGUUUCAUUCUUCUUUCAUAUGGUGCGAAACUAAAGAGAGCUACAUUCAACGAUAGCUUAAAAAAUGUUGAGGACGCGGUUUUCUACGCAUUUGAUCGUCGUUUAUUUUCACUCCCACAAUACCCACGGGACUCUGAAAGCAUCAUAUAUGAAGGAGUAGACAAAUUACUGAGCCAAACUUGCCAGAGUGAUCUUGUAACACUCAUAAAGCCGAUGCCUUCGCCUUUGAGUGAAGUCAUCGAUAUAAGCGCAGAAAUAACUCCGCAAAAGCUUUUUAGUCUUAUUACAACAAACUUGGGUUGGCUCAGUGCACUUGACAUCGAUGUUCAUUAUUUUGACAAAAUUCUUCAUGACACUAUAAGCGAGAUCAAGAACGUUUCAAAAUGUUUGAGAGUUUGCGAAGCGUAUCUCAGACUGUACUGUCAUGACAUCGAAAAGCUCUACAACUCCAAUGUCGAGUUUUUGAAUCAGCUUUCUUUGAAUAGUACGACAAAACAGUGGACAUUGAUAUACGAUGAGAUUCUAGCGAAAACCAAAACUGUGAAUGAUCCGAAUCGAAAGCUUCUAAGUGAUUAUAUUAACCGGGGCGAUCUUGAGAAGACGCAUGCCGAGCUUGCACGCUUAGAUGAGUCUGUAAAGUCUAUCCUUCAAGCUCUGCGAGAUCAAAUUGAUAAGAACUACGCGAUGCGGCGCGAAGUAAAUGCUUUUAUUGAUAAAACCGUGGCACAGAUUGAGGAAGAAGGCUCCGGUUAUACUAUGGAGGCCAGCAUGUUAACCAGAUUUACUGAGAUAUGCGCAGAUAUAAGGGACCGAUAUCGAUCUCUUCUCGAUCUAGAGAGUAGUGAUUUGACCCUAAAUGUGAUCAGAGAGGCUUCGGUUUCGUUAUUGAACGACAAAAACGUUGUGACCCCCAAACUUUACACAAUAGGCCAAUCUCUCUUUGAGGCAGCAUCACAAGCAAGACUAAAAAAAGUUCAAUUCCAAAAAAGCUGUAUUGUGUCUUUAGGAAUGAUUUCACAAGUUCAAAUUGAGAUUUUAGAAGUCAAGAAAUCGCUACUGAAAGAUUGCAAUCGCAAUUUGGAGCGUAUGCAGGACUACGAGCUCAAAAUAUCACAGGUCGAAGAUCUACCCAUUGUCUAUGGCUUAUACCUCAUAGAACAGUACAGACGACGGGCCUGGGAAACGCAUUUUCUUGACCUGAAGAAUGACUUUGGUCAUCAACUAUCUCUGGAACUCCAGAGAGAGGACGAGAAGCGCCAGCGUUGGUCCGAGAGUUUUGGCCCCGCGUGUUACUUAUUACAAGGAAGAGCACACGAUGCAAGAACUUUAUUUCGAGAUAUUCAGGUUGACCAGAGGUUUUUAUCCCAAAAUUUACACGACGUGUCGCCAGAAGAGAUUGAAAGGUAUAUCUUGUGCCUUUCCAAUCAUGAAAUCUCCAACGAUAGUUUAAAUUUGUUGCAGACCAAUCUCGACAGCGUGCGAUGCUCUGCCCUGCAAGAUAGAAAAGCUCGGUUGGGAAGCAGCUCGCAACAUAAUCAAGAGUUGAUUAAAGGCUACAAAGCGAGGAUCAGAAAGCUGGAAUCAAUUCUACACGACAUUAAGUAUACAGAGUACAGGGCGUGGCCAUCGGGCAUUUUAAGAGAUAUGACCACGUUUUCUUAUCCUUUGAGUGGUCUAUCUGUUAAUGAAAGGAUUUCUCUGUUUCUGUCCAGUGCGGAAGACUUUUCAAAAGGAGAGGUUUCGAAUCAUCGUCAACUCGAGGAGAUGAUAUCAAAACUUCAAAACGAUCUCGAUGAAAAGACGAGCCAAAAUAUGAUCUUAACUAGACGGUUGGACCAAGCUCGGAUCAAGAUGAUUGAUUUUGAGGACGAGAAGGCGGUCUAUAAAGAAACCCUGGCGAAUUUGAAUGAUGAAAUACUAAAGAUUUCUCAGGAACAUCAAAGUGAACUUUCCUCCAUAGAAUCUCAACUGAAAGAGUCAAAGCAACAUGUUCAGGCGGCAAAUUCGAGAAAUACAGAGUUGAUUAAUGGCAUCAGUGAUUGGGAACAAAAGUAUGAGAAAGCAGACCUCACCAAAAAGAGUUUAUUGGCAAACGUUUCGAAUCUCGAAAAGGACUUUGCGAAAGAGCGCAAGACGUUGUGUGAAAAAGUCGAGGAGCAGGAAAACUUGAUUACGUCCUUAAGAGAGACGGCAGAGCAAUUGCGCGCCAGAAGCUCAGUCCAUGAAGGUAACGACAGUACGAGCGAAAAUAAUUUUGACCUUGUUUCGUCACAAGGCAUGAAUCAUCCGCUGGAAUCGCGGCUGUUCGACAUCUUUCUAAGUGACGUGUACAUCCUGGAAAACAUCGGAUUGUUGCUAUCGAAGACGGAAGACUCGACAUUCCAAAUCACGAGAGUCAAAGGGCUUCGAAAGGGAAUUUCAAAUGACUUUGGCAAUAGCACACCUGAAGCUAUUGCAUCCUCCGCAAUGAAAAGCAUGGUCGUGCAAGAAAUGAAAGAACUUUACGAAGAGUACCGCCGGUCGAGAAACGACGAAAUUCAAGAAAAGCUUUCAACCUGCAUAGACAGGCUUCUGGGAGGUAAACUUUUUGAAACCUCUGUCAUCAGAAGAUUUAAAGAUAUUGAAUCUUUGGCUAAGAGGCUUACAAAAGAAAAUAAAUACAAGAGAGGUCUUCUUGAGAGUUUCCAAAGAGAGAAAAUUACGAUUAAGAAUUUUCAGAUAGGGGAUUUGGCCCUAUUUUUGCCAACUCGAGGCGCGCUCUCACCGUCGUCGUCAAUAUCAUCUUUGACUUCCUCUUUUUCUUCUGUCGACCUAUCGACGCCACCACCCUCUUUACCUCAAGGAACAUCUUUAGGCAAAGCGGUAACUGGGAAAAGAGGAGUGAAGGCAAAAUCUGUUGAAAAUGGCACUCCCUGGGCUGCUUUUACUGCCUUUGAUGAAAGCACGCGAUACCUUUUGGCUGAAAGUGACAAGCUUUUGGCUGACAGAAAUUGGUUUGUAGGCCGAAUCACAUCUCUAGACAAAAAAGUCGCUGAAGAGGGUCAUCAGAACCCCUUUUCUCUUCCACCUGGAAGUCUUUGGGUACAAGUUACUGCUGAUUUAAUGACGGCUGGGAAGUAA